AUGGAUAACCAGGUCGAACGACUCGUAAACAAGGCCUGGGACAAGUUCCUGCAGACGCCCCCCGAACGGCGACUCAUGAUUGGAAUCGGCGGAAUUCCAGGCUCAGGCAAAACGACCCUCUCCCAGAUCGUGACCACGGCCCUCAACGCCAGGCACGCAAAGCUGGAGACCUCGCAUUCAUCAUACACCCCGACGCCGAUAGCAGCCUUCGUGCCCAUGGACGGCUACCACCUGACGCGGGCGCAGCUGUCGGCGAUGCCAGACCCGGCGACGGCGCACGCCCGGCGCGGCGCAGAGUUCACCUUCGACGGCGCCUCCUUCCACAAGCUGAUCCAGGCGCUCCGCGAGCCCCUGGCCGUGCCCCCGGCCCCGGCCCCGGCCCCGGCCCCGGCACAGACGCCCGCGAGGCCCGAGGACUACCCGGCGGGGACGGUCUUCGCGCCGUCGUUCGACCACGCCGUCAAGGACCCCAAGGAGGCCGACAUCCCGAUCCUGCCGUCACACCGCAUCGUCGUCUUCGAGGGCAACUACGUCGCGCUGGACAAGGAGCCGUGGUCGGCCGCCGCGCGCCUGAUGGACGAGGUGUGGUUCGUCGACGUCGACUUCGCCGUCGCCCGAAGGCGGCUGGUCGCGCGCCACGUCAAGGCUGGCAUCGCUGCCGACGAGGCCGAGGCGGACCGGAGGGCGGUCGAGAACGACUUGCCCAACGGGGAGGAGAUUGUUGGCAAGCGGCUGCCCGUGGACGAGGUCAUUGUGUCGAGGGAGGACACGGCGUGGGUGCAUGAGUGA